GUGAGCGUCGGAUACGUUCUCGUGCUCACCACGCUCAUGGCGUGCGCGAGCGCGCUCGGCGCCGUCCCGUACAUCGCGACGAAAAAUCAACGAAUUCCAAAGUCUUUCGCCGCGCUCGCCAACGCGUGCGCGUGCGGCGUCAUGCUCGCCGCCUCGUUCGACCUCAUACACGAAGGGCAAUCGUCCGGCGCGAUGAGCGUGGCGGUCGGGGUCGUCGUCGGCGCCGUGCUCAUCGCCAAGGCGCAGACGUGGCUGAGCGCGCGAGACGACGGGCUGAGUUUCUUAGAAUUGCGCGGCGCGGACGCGCGAAAGACGCUGAUGAUCGUGGGGAUCAUGGCUGCGCAUGCGUUUGGGGAAGGCUGUGGGGUGGGGGUGUCGUUCAGCGGCGCGGGAGGGGCGAGACAGGGAAGGUUGGUGACGCUCGCAAUUGGCGCACACAACGUGCCGGAAGGUUUAGCGGUGGCGAACGUGCUGGCGACGAGGGGUGUGAAACCGUGGCAGUGUGCGUGGUGGUGCGUGAUGACGAGUCUGCCGCAACCGUUGUUGGCGGUGCCGGCGUUCAUGUUCGUAGAGACGUUUAAGCCGAUGUUGCCGUUUUCGCUCGGAUUCGCGGCGGGCUGCAUGGUGUGGAUCGUCUUCGCGGAGCUCUUGCCGGACGCUUUAGCGGAUUCGAGCGACCCGAAGCACGUUGCGACGAUGGUGACACUUAGCGCCGGGGCAUUAGAGGUGUUCAGGAUGAUCAUGGAGGGGGUUGAGCGUUACGGUGAAGCCGGCAGCGCAGCGCGAGAUGGCGCGGCCGUCGCCGCGUCGAGCGCCAUGGACGUGGGAUUGGCGGCGGCGGUGUACGCGCCAGUCGGUGUGCUGGCGCUCAUUCACGUGUUUCCAUCAAUGAUGUCGUUAUCAGGUCUCGGGUCGUCGACAGGCAUUGGUAUCGCGGCAAGUACGGCAGGCACGAGUGCCGCGUUUCGGCUGUUGUGGGCUGUUUGGCGCGGCGCCGCGGGAGGCGCCGCAUUCGUGUUUGUGGUUUUGGGUGGCUUCACGAGCGUCUUAGGAGGUAUUUUGGCGAUGCGUUGGACGAGUAGUCUGUCGAGUCUGCGCGACAUGCGCCCGUGGAGCGAUAUCGACGACGACGACGCGCAAGACGUUGACAUCGAGGGGCGCGUGCUCGCUCGGCGAUUCGGCAACGUCUUUUUCACCCAGGAAGCCAUCUUGGCGCUCUUGGCUGCCAUCGGCUUCGCCAUCGCGGACGGCGCGCAUGCGACGUCGGCAGUGGUUUCAAACUCGUGGUAUGCGUUGUUACCGGCCCUUAUGCGUGCGUUUCUUCGAAUCUGCCCUCUCGUGUUGAUAGCGUCUUCAACGGAUCGUAGACCACACGUCAUCGCCGCCGUCGCCCUUGUCGGUCUCACCUUUGUGGGCUCAGCCAUGUUCCUGGGCGUCAACCAUUCGUCGAGUGGGACGUGUAUCUUUUUCGAUACGCUUGCCGCCGGCAUAACGUUGAUCUUCGUACACACACUCAAGCCGCUCAUCGUGUUUGCCAUGAUGACGAAGGGUGGCGAAAUGACGGCGGGAGUAUCUCUCGGCGUCGCCGUGACAACCAUCUUUGCCGUGUCGUCGUGGGCGUUUUGCGCAGGCACGUUGUAUUGUGAUAUUUCAAGCAGCAUGUAG